GAAGUAUUGUUUUGACUUUAGUGUGAAAUUGUUUUUGAGCCGAAAUGACGGAAUCGGAAGAUAUGACGCCGGCCACUUCUGAGGAGAGUGUUGCUGUACCGGAACCAUCCGGUCGCAGAAACCGAGGAAGACAUGCCGCUUAUAAUGUUAUGGUUAAGAGAGCUAUCAUUGCCCUCAAAGCCAAGUCCGGAUCGUCCAGAAAAUCGAUCAUUAAAUACAUCUGCGCCCACAACACGGUAAAGAAGACCAACUGUGUGCGUGCAGUUGGACGUGCGCUGAAAAGGAUGUUGAAAUCCGGACAUAUUUACAGAAAUAAAGGGGGACGCUUCAAGCUUACCGGCAAAGGACGUGGACUUAAGGCCAAGAAACGCCGUCGACGUCGCCGAAAGGGCAAAAAAUCAAGGAAGGGAAAGAAGAAGAAGGGUAAGAAGUCCAAGAAGGGUAGGAAGAAGAAGGGAAAGAAGUCCAAGAAGGGUAAAAAGAAGAAGAAGCGUCGUUCCAGGAAGUCAAAACGCGGCAAAAAGGGCAAGAAGCGAUCCCGAAAGUCCCCUAAACGGGCUAACCGAAGACGUAAGUCUGGUAAGCGCCGAAAGAGCAAGAAGGGAAGAAAGGGAAAGAAGCGAAAGCGUUAAAUCCGAUCUCAUCAUUUAAAAAAAAUCAUUGAAACAAAAAAGAAAAACCCCAGACAACACAAUAAACUGCCAUAUCAUGGGCGAAACCAA